CAGUGAGCAAAGGGCAUGUCCUGGAUGGUGGGAACCCUCAAAGAUGGACGCCGGCUUCCUGAGGCACCGCUCGAGCUCAGGAAAUGUCAGGUGGAGGAGGUGUGGUGGACAGACACGGAGCUAGAUCCCCAGGAAUGCCAAAUCUCAGCCAGUGUGCACCCAGGCAGCGAUAAGGUCCACUCGGAGUCCGGAGUCCGGUUGAAGCCCGCAAUGUUUCACAGCCUUCGCUUUUGCUGCAUUUUUCUCGCGUUCGUCUCGGUACAUGCCCAGAACGGUGAAACUAAAGAGCAGCCUAGGAAAGGUUUGCAACCCUGGCUUACAGGGAUCAUUGCAGUAGUUGUAUUCCUGUGCCUAUGCUUUGUUGGAUUUAUAGUGAAUAAAAUCUGGUGCAAGAAUGCUGAAGUUACUAAUCAUCUGGAAUCACCAGCACUGGAGCCUGACUUCGCAAACACCAAUGGAAUCCCUAUCACAGGAGCACUGUCUUUAAAAGAUGUGAGAUCAAAUGAACAUCCAAAUGCCUAUGAAAAUCUAUUUGAGACCGUCAAUGAUGAAUCACCAAAGAUAACUAUAACUGAAAUGUAAUAUUGUAAAUCAAAGAAUAGUUUCCAGAAGAUCUGUUUAAAGUAAUGAGUUAAUUUCAUAUGAUCCAAUGACACACUGUAUGUUUUCUUCUUUUGAAUAUUUAAACAGAGUGCUAUGUAUUUGCAGCUUCAUUUUGCAAUCUGAGUGCUUCAUAUAUAUGAUGUCUGAUCGGAUCUUUUAAUGUAUCUUUAUGCAAUGAUUUCAUUCUCAGUGUUGAGGGAUAAGCAGAUUAUCUGUUCCUUUAGCUUCCUGGAGAUAUGUAAGAAUAAAUCAAUACUGUUCAACAUU